AUUAAAGAACAUCCUGUGGAGAGCAGUGAUCAUUGAUGAGGCUCACAGACUGAAAAAUAAGAACUGCAAAAUGUUGGAAGGACUCAGAGAACUACACAUGGAGCACAGGGUGCUAUUGACUGGUACUCCUCUUCAGAACAGUGUGGAUGAAUUGUUUAGUUUGUUAAAUUUCUUGGAGCCGUCACAGUUCCCCUCAUUACAGUUAUUCCUCCAGCAGUUUGGGGAUCUUAAAACUGAAGAACAAGUUGAAGAAUUACAAAGUGUUCUCAAGCCAAUGAUGCUUAGAAGACUCAAGGAAGACGUUGAGAAAAGUUUAGCACCAAAAGAAGAGACUAUCAUUGAGGUAAACACUUAUUUACAUGUACAUUAA